AUGAAUAGAAGUACAGAGUUAGACCCGAGGAGCGUGACCUCUGAACCAACAAACAGUGCAGGAAAGGAGAAGAGGGAGGUUGCUUCUGAGCUGAGCAGCCCACGUUUGCAUAGCAUGGACAGUGGGUUCUUUGAAAGAGGUAUUAAAACAAUGUUAAGUGUCCGGAAAUCAAAACGAAGUCUGAACAAAGAGAAAGAAAAGGAAGGUACUGGCACUUGGAAAGGAAAACGACUUUCUUUGCGAUUUCCCAAGAGCUAUGAGAACAAAACCACGACCUGUAAUGGCAUGCAGGAGGUUAGUGAGAAGAUAGAAGCAGAGCCCAUUCAAGGAAAACCUCUUUCAGUAAUGGAAAUCAAUGAACUUAUUCAGAAAAGGCAACUUUUAGAAGCAUUUGCAAGCAUCAAGUACUUGGAAGAUGAGACUAUCACUGAACGGGAUGCUGAGAAAUACAAAGAUAACCCCCAGGAGUUUGUACGGAAAUCCAAGGAUGUGGAUUUGCUUUAUAACUCCAUCACAAAUGUGAUCCAGGCCAUCGUGGUGGAAACACUGGAGCAUCCCACUGUAGAGGAUACCAUGCUGACCUCCCUGGUGACUUUAAUUGCCUAUGAGGAAGCAGCUCAUCCUAACACAGGGAAUGCUGGUGGUCCUGGGUCAGACUUGCUUGGCAUGCCCAGAAAGUGGAAGGAGGUGUGGAGGGAAGCUGUCAAUGAGAGUGCUAGAAAAAGGGUCCUGAGGGUACCCAUGGCAUUGAAGGAAGAAGACAGUUCUUGGCUUAAUCUUCACUUGGGUUUCCUCCAGAAACACCUGAGUGAAGACUUACUAAAAAUCAAGCUAUCAGUACAAAAGAGAUAUCCGGAGGAGUACCAGGUGUGUGACAUAUAUGUGGAGGCUUUUCACAAGGCCAUUGCCUCGCAUUUGCAAGAUCUCUCCCAGAGACCACUGGAAUUCAAUGAGCUCUACACCUUGCUCAACUGGGUGGCCAACACUUACUGCAGUGAACUCUUUCUGGGUAACCCCAAUCUCAAACCAGAAAUUAAGACAGAAAACCUGUCCCUGCUGUUAACGCCAGCUGUUUGGGAUAAACUGAAAAACGACUACAUCACUUCUGCAAAGGGAAAAAUCAAAAGCUAUUUUGGAAACAUCCUGAGACUGGAGGUCACGGAGAAGUGGGAGAAGGAAGUUCACCCAGAAGUGAAGAAAAACCUCUACCAGUCCUCACUCUCCUUAGAUAUUCAAACGAUCAUCGGGGAGCACAUGAAGAUAUCUAGAGCAAUCAGCAGAAGCCUGGAAACAAAAAUGCUUGAGCUGUGUCUGGCAGAGCUACGCGAAUUCAUACCAAGGUUUGAGGAGGAGUUUGUGGCAUGGAGCACUGCCUGGGACAGCCCCAUCUUUGCACCCCAUUUUGUCUCCUACAUCAACAACUUCCAUGACCUGCUGUCAGGGUUAGAAGCAAUGUUUAAAGUCAACACUGAGGAACUGCAGAAGAUUGUGGCAGCUCUGACAAGGAACUUCACGAGUAUUUUUUUAAACAAAUUAAGAAAAAAAACACAGCCACUCCUUAAGAAAAUCCUGACCAAGGACUGGAUUUUGUCAAUGGAAAGGCCGGACUCAUUGGCGUCAGCAGUCUCACAGUUCUCUGAGCACCUGCAGCACAUGAGGGAGCCUAUGGGGCAGGAGCUUCUACGUGAUGUUCAUAAGUACGUGGUGAGGGAAUACAUCACGCUGGUCAUCAAACCCAGAUGGAAAAUGAACAGGGAGACUCGGCAGCGAGUGAGCAACAAGAUGAACAAGGAAGCCAGAAUCAUUCAUAAUAUGCUCAUUGAUCAGGGCUCUGAUGCUGACUGGCUCGUUCCUGCCAUGCACCAUAUUGCCAAUAUCAUUGGGGAGAAGAAAAAAGACAAAAUCAAGGAGUAUGUCAAGGAGCUGUGUCAGGAUUAUCCAGAUAUCAGGAAGGAGCAUGUCCUGGCGAUCCUCGCUCUCCGGGGGCUGGGACGCACCAGGAGAGCAGCGAUUUUUCGGCAAGGCUACCAUGUGCCAGAGAGCCCCGAUGGUGGGGAGGGCAGCACACUCUUCGCUGAAAUUGAUGUCCCAGUGAUCACCAGCUGCUUCUAAAACAACCAUGACAAGAGGUCAGCAUCUUUCCUCCUCCUAUACUGUCUCUACGGCAUGAUCCAAACCCUGCUCCCUGCCUCACUCCUCUGCAAACACAACUUUCUGAUUGUUGUAGGAAAAGGAGUAGUUUUCUGAAUUUGCUACCCUGAGUUCAGAAACCAAAGGCAACAGAUGCACCAAGUCACUGACCUCCUGCAAGAGCUCCUGGGGAGCAACUCCAGCCUGAGCACUGCCUUCACCCUGUGUUCAGUACAGAUUUUAUUGCUAGGAGAAUGCUCUGUUGUUUGGUUCAAGAUUGAAUCUCUUUUCAGAGAACAGAUGAAAACCAAAAGGAAUUCACUCAGAGCUAUAUUAAGGCUUGCACUGUACAUUGUACAAUUAUACAGCAGCAGAACAAGAUCCUCCUUCAUAAUUAGUGUCCCUGAGCAACGGAAGGGCAGAGCUUGGGCAGGGAUGUGGUAGCACCCAAGUCCUGUUCUUCUUCUGUGAACCAGCUGGCUGAGCUGGCAUAACACAAAGCCAGUGAUGUUGUGACUUGAUACCACAAACCACUACCUGCCUGAGGAGGAAACCCGUGGAGGGUUUCACAGCUGGGAUGUGAAGCACAUGGACCACUCUGUGUUCCAGGAUGAACCCUAUGGCCUGUCUGCUUUUUCAGCAGAUUCUGCUCACAUGCGGGCUGCCUUGAAAAACUCCUGUUGGACCAAAGACCUGUUCAUGCUAUCACAGCCUUUCUGUAUGGGCAGACAUGGCUGGACUGGAUGUGGAGGGAAGCUCAAAAUCCUCCUUGCCCCAGGGAAAAGGGCCACCAUGCCACCACUACGUUCAAAAGCAUUUUAACAAAUCUGGUACAGUCUGACUGCAGUAAAAGAGACCUCCAGCAGCCUACAGCCAUACAAAACUGAUUUUAGUUAAUCCAAUUUAUCUUGUAAGUUGCCCUCCACAGUUAAUCCAAGACUCUGUGCAGAGACAUGUUUAUGGUCUAUCAAUCAAUGUGAUAAAUGUGGACAUGGCAUAACCUUGAAAACUAACUUGUUUGCUGCAGAGCUUAGAGCACCAGUAGUGAGCCUCUUCCAUUUUCUUUGCUCCAGUUUGCACCAGUAUUAAUUUCAGCUCAGGUGAGCAGCAGGAACUGGUGACAGGCCAAGGGAGCUGUUCUGAUGGAUGAGGAAUACAGAGUGCACCUUUAAUUCACAGCCAUCAUAUGAAACUUCUUCUGACAUAGACUUGCUCCCUCCACAGUCAAGACAAGGUUUGUUUUUUUUUAAAGAUGGAUUUGAAACAUGAGGUAUAAAUUGAGAGCUUGAGGCAGGAAAUCUUAGGAGGAAUUUUCUACCUGCGUCUUUCUUUAAUACAGCUCAUGACAAUUCCUGUGAAUCUUCAGCUUGGUGACUUUCUAUACUUGCUAUGGAGAAGGAGAAGUAAAAACUCAUCUGCAUCUCCUGUUAGAUGUGCAGAGUUCAGGAAUACUUUUGAGCUCCCCUUCCCUGUCCUGGGUAUAUGAUGCAAGCAGGGACACCUGGAUUACACCCUCCAUGGGUGUUAGAGCUACAGCCCCAUCCUGACAGAGUGGAAGGGCAUCAGUGCUAAGAAAUUCACAUUUUAUCAAAAGCACUGAUAAGGUGGGGAGAUAAAAAGGGAAUUUCAACUUUUGCACCCACAGUCUGAGACAUCACUGAAUUUUCAGAGGAGCUCAGGUUUUGAGGCACUGAAGCCUCAGUGAGUUUUGUGCAUAAGAAAUUUCCCUCUCCCCUGUGUACACCUCUGAUCCAAGCACCUCAUGCAAGGCAUCUGCAACACAGGAAUUUUCCCAAAUGCCUUAAAUGGAUAUGGUACAAUGGGUUUCAAUCUUAUUAUUUGACUGGCAGUCUCUCCACAAAGCAGCUGCCUUUCCUCAGCCUCCAGCUGCCUGGCCCUGGGAUAAGGCACUCGGCUUCUCUUUUCUAAUAAAAGAAAGUUGCUACCCUGAAGUCGCGGCAAAGAGCUGGGCACAGUGAUCUGCCUUUUGUCACAGCCUCUCCUGGGACACCCAGAUCUCCUGCAGCCUGGCAUCCUGUGAGCCAGUGGCAGGAGCAUAGCCUGCAUCCUCUGGGAACUGCUGCUCUCCUGCUGCUUGCUCUUGAGCAAACCAGUUUAAAGUUAACCCCAUCAGAGCAAGACUACAGUUUAGUCCCUCUCCUGCCCCUCCAGCAAUGCAGGCAGAGAAUAAGCUUCAGGGCGGUGAGGAGCAGGGGUCCCUCACUGGCAGCAGGAUGCUUGUCCAAGGCCAUGGAACAGAUCCUGGGGACACCCAAGCAAGAGGAAAGGAAGAUCCGUGCUCUCUGAGAUGAAUGUUGCUAUCCAGCUGUCUUCUGUGAAACACUCUGUGUU